UACUUCCGGGUUCCAGCAUUCUGGUCCAAAUCCACCUCUCCGCCUGUGCAACACACACUUUACACACGCACGGGGGACUUGCAGCAGGCAGCAUCGAUCGUGGCUCCUUUAAGACAAACUCAGACAGACAUUUUUAACCCUCUUCCUCUAGCCUCUCCCGCUGCAAAGGGGGAAAGGGAACGCGCGAGCGAGAUCUGAUUAGGAAUUAGGACUGAUUCAAGAACAAGCCAGCGCUUAGACCUCCAUGCAUUUGAAUAUUAACAUUUGAGGUGUCCAGAGCACUGGAAGUACACACAGCGGAUCAUCAUCAUUCAUUCACCACCUUGACAACCUCGCCUUUGAUUGACAGCUGGAGUGGCAAAAAGCCAUGAGACUUGGUAGUUGGGUUUGAGGGGGACUUUUUUUUUUUUAAAAAAAAAAAAAAACUGAUUUGGGGAAAGGAUAUUUGCUUUCUCCCCGCUGCUGUCUUGGAAACGAAAGGGGGAGAGUGAGAGAGAGAAAGAAAGAGAAGGAGCGCGAGUCUCUCUCUUUUUUUUUAAUGCUGAAUUAUUGUAUCGUUUCUUUGAGAUCCAGUAAGCUGAAGAUUUUCCUCGAUUGCUCACAUUGCUGGCGACUCUAAGGGAUUUUUGCAUUUUGGGGGGUUUGGGGGAGAGUUUGCGUUUGUUUCUUUUCACACUGGCCUUAAAGAGGAUAUAUUAGAAGUUGAAGUAGGAAGGGAGCAAGCCAGGCCGAUGGCGCAAAGGUACGACGAUUUACCCCAUUACGGUGGGAUGGAUGGAGUAGGGAUCCCCACCACCAUGUAUGGGGAUCCUCACGCCGCCAGAUCCAUGCAGCCUGUUCACCAUCUGAAUCACGGUCCUCCGCUGCAUUCUCAUCAAUACCCGCACACUGCUCACACCAACGCCAUGCCUCCCAGUAUGGGCUCCUCUGUCAAUGACGCUUUAAAGAGAGAUAAAGAUGCCAUUUAUGGACACCCCCUGUUCCCUCUUUUAGCACUGAUUUUUGAGAAAUGUGAAUUAGCUACAUGCACUCCCCGGGAGCCCGGGGUAGCGGGAGGCGAUGUUUGCUCCUCAGAGUCUUUCAAUGAAGACAUAGCAGUGUUCGCCAAACAGAUCCGAGCAGAAAAACCCCUAUUUUCCUCUAAUCCUGAACUGGAUAACUUGAUGAUUCAAGCCAUACAAGUAUUAAGGUUUCAUCUAUUGGAAUUAGAGAAGGUACACGAAUUAUGUGACAAUUUCUGCCACCGGUAUAUUAGCUGUUUGAAAGGAAAAAUGCCAAUCGAUUUGGUGAUAGACGAUAGAGAAGGCGGAUCAAAAUCAGACAGUGAAGACAUAACAAGAUCAGCAAAUCUAACAGAUCAGCCUUCCUGGAACAGAGAUCAUGAUGACACAGCAUCCACGCGUUCUGGAGGAACACCAGGACCCUCCAGUGGGGGGCAUACAUCACAUAGUGGCGACAACAGCAGUGAACAAGGUGACGGCUUGGACAACAGUGUAGCUUCCCCCAGCACAGGUGAUGAUGAUGAUCCAGAUAAGGACAAAAAGCGACAUAAAAAGCGUGGCAUCUUUCCCAAAGUAGCCACAAAUAUCAUGAGGGCAUGGCUGUUCCAGCAUCUAACACACCCUUACCCUUCAGAAGAACAGAAAAAGCAGUUGGCACAAGACACAGGGCUCACUAUACUUCAGGUGAACAAUUGGUUUAUUAAUGCUAGAAGAAGAAUAGUUCAGCCCAUGAUAGACCAGUCCAAUCGAGCAGGCAAGUCCCCAAUAAUAACUGUAUUCAAGUCACGCAAGCGAAAACCAUCCUCAAGCCAUUCACCGGGAGGUCCAUUACCUGUUAGUCAAGGAACACCUUAUAACCCAGAUGGACAGCCAAUGGGAGGUUUUGUGAUGGAUGGUCAGCAACAUAUGGGAAUCAGAGCACCAGGGCUGCAAAAUAUGCCAGGGGAUUAUGUGUCUCGGGGUAGUCCAAUGGGUAUGAAUAUGGGACAGCCAAGUUAUACCCCACCCCAGAUGCCCCCACAUCCUGCUCAGCUGCGUCAUGGGCCCCCCAUGCAUACCUACAUUCCUGGACACCCUCACCACCCAGCAAUGAUGAUGCAUGGAGGACCACCCCACCCUGGAAUGCCAAUGUCAGCAUCUAGCCCCACAAUGCUUAAUACAGGAGACCCAGCAAUGAGUGGACAAGUGAUGGACAUUCAUGCUCAGUAGCUUAAGGGAAUAUGCAUUAUCUGCAACGAUGACAGACUUCAAAUAUUGUCUUUCUGCAAUGACUAUGGAGUUCCAUUCUUGGCAUCUUCUUUGGACCAAGGAACAAUCCUAUUCUUCCGAGGGACCCUGGAAAGCAGGAAACACCACCUGAAGUCAACUUCUGGGGACACGCUAAAUAACGAUCUAAGACAUGAAGAGAACAAAGAGUGAAAUAUUGUAAAAUGCUAUUAUACUGUUAUCCAUAUUACGUUGUUUCUUAUAGAUUUUUUUAAAAAAAUGUGAAAUUUUUCCACACUAUGUGUGUUGUUUCCAUAGCUCUUCACUUCCUCCAGAAGCCUCCUUAUGUUAAAAAGCCUUACAGUUAUCCUGCAAAUGACAGAAAGGGCUUAUUUGCAGGAUUUUUAGAGCAUUAAAAUAACUAUGUCAGGCAGAAGAAUCUUUCUUCUAUCCUAGGAUUUCAGCCAUGCCCACA